UCUGGAAACUUAGCGGCUUCAUCUUCCUUCUCCAUGGCACACACAAGAAUGAAAAUAUGCUAGAAAUUAGAACUUUUAUAUUUCUGCGAGAAUCUCAGGCUUUUUUAAUUCCCGUCUAAUGGUUCUGUCUAAACAAAAACACUGGUUCACUCAACGCCAACAUUUGAGUCUUGAGCGACGUUUUAUUAGUGCCAUGCAUAAAUUGAAUGCGGAAGUUGAGUGUUAUAUAUAGGGGCUUGGCUGCCUAAGCAAACAAAAGUUAUGGGCAUCAAGUGUAGGUCCGUGCUUGUAGCAUUCUUUCACCAAGAGCGUCUUCUAUGUGCUACAUGAUUUCAACAUUGGCGUGGAUGAAGAACAACUUGAAUUAAAGAGAAGUUUUGAGUCUGACAAAGUUACUUUCACAGUUGCCUUCUCUUACCAAAGUAAUAAGCUUAGAGUCCUUUUCGAGGAGCUCGCUGUUCUUGAAUCUAUUUAUAUCAAAGAGCUGACAGUAGAGAAGAAUGGGGGCUGGCCAAGUACUAUUUCAGUGUUGCUGCAUCCAGCUACAGGCAUGGAUGAUAGCAAAAAAUUUGUAUGCAUGACAGUUGUCUUUCAAGUGCCUCACAGCUACCCAGAUGAAGUACCAAGCAUAAAGAUCCGCAACCCUAGAGGCAUGUGUGAAGAAGAGCUGCAAAGUUUACUUGAGGAUAUGAAGCAAAUGGCAAAGGACAAACAAGGUGGCCCCAUGUUAUUUGAGAUGAUUGAGAUGGCCAAGGACUGCUUGACAGAAGGAAAUAUUCCACACUGUGAGUGCGCCAUUUGUCUUGAACACUUUAGUGAAGGCGAUCGGUUUCUUAAAACUGAUUGCUACCACUACUUCCACUGCCACUGUCUGGCACGUUAUGCAUCUGCCUUUGUUAAAAAACUGCAGGAAGAAGAACCCUCCAUACCUCAUGCAGUCAACAAACAAGAUGAGAAAUCAUUAGGUUGUCCUAUGUGUCGUUUGCCAUUGACAUGUGACUUAACUGACCUGCUGUCAGAACCCAUUCCACCAGAACCUGAAGUGACCUUUACUCCAACAGCAGAGCUUCUAAACCAGCAGGCAGACAUGGCCAUGUUGUAUGCUGCACAGAAGGCCAAAGGAGGCAUUAUUGACCUGAGUGAGGAGAAGAAAAAGUUUUUGGUAGAUGAGAAUACAGUUGUCUCACUUGAAAGCAUUCAGAAGCCUAACAUCCAUGAGAAAACUACUCCAACAAAGAAGAAAAAGAAUCAGUCACAUGACCAUAGGAGAAAUCCGAAGCAAGGCCCUGAUAGGUGGCACCAGCAUCAUCAAGCUGCAGGUUUGCAGGAUGAGACCCUACACAGUCUUCAAGACAGAAGAACUCGACAGGAGACUGUGAAAAGCACAGAACACGAAAGGAAUUCUCUCAGCAAAGCUUCUGGGCAGAGAAAUGAUGGAUACCAUAGAGGACGGUAUUAUCGCAGUGCCAAUAAUUUCCGACCAUGCGAUGCACAUAAGAAAGAGGGUACGCAAAGGCACCCUGACAGUGGUCAUGGCAGGAGCAUGGAGUCCGCCAUUAAGGACUCCCAGCAAACAGGGCAGGCUGAGCAUGUCAGUGUACGUCUGCCCAGAGAAAGACAAGUGCAUGGCUAUGGUGGUCACCAUAGAAACAACAGGUACCAUUCUCAAAAGUGUGAUAGUGUCAUCACCCAAAACUAUGACAGUUCGGAGAGAGAUGACAAAGGGAGUUACCAGGCUGAUGUACAUCACAGUUGUCAGUCCAAAAGCAGUGAUAACUGUUCAGAAAAAUUAGUUCAAGAAGGCAAGCAAGCCCAUGGAGACAACACAAGGAGUUUGCGGUACAAAGAACCCUCUUUUCAAGAUGAUGGACAGGGUGGAGGCAGACACUACCAUCCACAUCGAGAUUAUGGUUGGGCUGGUCGACACCGACAAGUCAGUGAGCGGCAGGAUUCUCGACAGAGUCGUGGUGGUCAAGAGAAUAGGGCUGAGUUCAGGAACUACAAAAGAGAGCAAAAGGACAAUCAGCCAAACAAGGAUGAACAUACUCGCCAAGAUGAAGGUCUGCAAACUUCAUCAGCACCAUCAGCAGAAUAUUGUCAACCUCGUGGAGAGUCUAGAUAUGGGACAUAUUUAGAGAGACCAAGAGGAAGAGCUCAGGGAAGGGGCAGAGGAGGGAGGAGCGUAGCUUUUCCGUACAAACAGAUCAGAACGUCUGCUCAUGAACCAGGAGCAAAAUCAGUUGAGUCUACAGAUGAUGACCUUUAUGGAAAAGGGCAUGGUACUCCUCCUGGCUUCAAGGUGUUGGGGCCACCACCAGGCUUCAGUAAGAAGGACAACGAUAUACUUCAUUAGAUUCUUAAGAAGUUUUAGUUAACAGUGGGUUGUGAUGUAGACCUAAUCAGUAUUUCUGACAUACAUUUAAACUGUGAUAGCACAGUAAUCUGCAUUCACCUCCCCUUUCCUGCAAACGUCACUCUAGACUGCUUCUUUUUUUUUUUUUUUUUUUUAACAUCCUGUUGUUGUUUUUUAAAUCAGAAUCUGAAAAUAUCAGAAAAAGCAAUUAGCAGUAUUUGUUUUUAAAUUUUAAUAUGAUAGUUGUAGUGAAGGUGGUGGUGAUGGUGAUGGCACCACAAACAAAACUUAAGCUUGCACAGUAUGCAUCAGCCACUCAUAGAACAUGCAUCCAUAUUUCUGUGUGUAUGGAAACUUAGGCUUCACAUUGUGUCCACACAAGUUCAAUAUGUACACUAAUCCUGUUUGUUUACAAGUCAGUGGUAAAAUAUUGAUGUCCUUCAUUCUGCCAACAAGAUAAAGGGAGUAACACCUUUGGAUUGGAGAAAUUUUAGAAAAGAGUCAGGACUGGAUAGAAGGAGAACUAAACUUAAACCUAAACUGAAGGACAAAGUUGCACUCACUGAAGCUUUUGACAUGUAUCCACAGGCCUUCUUCAGCAAGUAAAAGCUAAGUGACUUGUGUGUUCAGUGCACACCACCCUGAAAUGAACUCUGGGCAUGUGACUGAAAAAGACUGUUGUAGACUGCAGGCAGUUGGUAUCACCCUUGAUCUCUAUCGAGGGCAAAUUUUUCGGCCAGGAUAUAAAUGGCUUCUUUCAUCCCUUUCUGAAAGAUGGACACAAUCCUGGGGUAAAACAUGUCUGUUAUUUUGUAAAUGUUCCCUCACUGGCAAGGAAGCCCUUCCAUGUUUAGUUAGUUUCAGUUUUUUUCCAUUUUUUCCCCCCAAUCCACCCCUCCGCAUACAGUUGGUGACAAUCAUGGCACCCAGUUUGGUAAAUGUUACCUGAAUUGUCCAGCUUGUCAGUCUUGUCUUUGGAAGCCACUAGUCUGCUGCAGAUAGUGUUAUAUGGCUUGGCAUGAACAGUGACCUUGUUCUUCCUGCUAUUACUGGAUAUGUCUUCUGUGCCACCUUUGAUGUAUGGGAUGGGGACACACCCAUGCCACAUGGUCUUUCUGUUGAAAUGGUGUUGGGAAGCGGUUUUAAGGUUCUCAAGUCAGAUCAACUAUCCCUUGUUUCUAAACAAUUUAGGUAGAUGCUGUAGUUAUCUGUGAAAAGUCUUUCAUGUUAGUAUUCAAUGUUUUGCACACACACAUGUACAAACAUGGUGUUUUUCAUGUGUGAGAGUGAGAAUGAGAGAGAGAGGAGUAAAGAUAGAUGAAAGGGUGCUUUAAAGUAUGAGCCAGAAACUAUAAAUGUACUAUGAUUAACACUAUCUUGCAAAGAUUGAAAAGACCAUACUGAGAUUAGAAAUCAGGCUGGCUGAUUUUUAUGUUGUAUUUAUUUAUUGUCUUUUUUUCGUUUGAGGUUAAUUAAAGAAAAGGAAAAACGUUUUUUUUCCUUUUGAUAUUUUUACAGUAAUUUUAUUUUGUAGUGCACAAACUCGCCCAUGAUCUUUCUUCUGUGUUUUUAAAACAGCAAAUACAUUAAUAUUGUCAUUUCAGUUAAUUAAGUGUAGAAAGUUUUAUGGUCUGCAAGGAUAUUGGUCUUUUUAAAGUAUAUAACUGUUCUCUGUAGGAGUUGUUUUGGGAUGCUGGUCACAUGUCUUAGAGGCCCAUGGCUGUUCUGUGUAUCAGUAAACAUCCUUCGAUAAAAAACUUGCACUACAUUAUUACAUGACACUUGCUCAUGCUGGCUAAAACACUGGUGUAUUGUGCCAGUCCUACAUACUGUCCACGAAUUCUUAGGAGGAAAGGAAACUUAAUAAAAAAUUAAUUCAUCCACCAUAAAUUGCAAUAAAAACACUUUCUAGAUAGUGAGAAUGGUGGGGAACAAGCCAUGUCUGAUCUUGGACCAGUGCUUAAUUAGAGCCUAGUAAAGUUAAUGCGCGGCAAUAAAAUGUUUGUAUCUAUU